AAACGAGUAGCUUUCGACGUGUUGGGUCUGUUUGUGGUGCAUAAAUAUCAUCCAAAUCCUGCACAAUGCAAGGUCCAGCCGUUUUCAUCGAUGCCGAGAUCGAGGAUCAGGCACAAGAGCUGCGGAAGUUCUUCAAGAAGCUGGGCGCUGAAAUCAGCGAGGAAAAGUCUAGCAAAGGCAUCGAAGAUGAUUUGCACAAGAUCAUCGGUGUUUGCGAUGUGUGCUUCAAGGACAACACGCACACAGCGGAAGAAAUCGAUGCCGUCCUGAACAGCGUCGUGUCGAUCGUUGUUUCCAUUCCACUCGAGCGCGGAGAGAACCUGAUUCUGUCCUUUUGCGACAAGAUGACCAAGGCGAAGGAGCCGAAUCUGGCCCGUGUUUGUUUGCAAUCCCUGUGGCGUCUGUUUACCAAUCUGGAGGUGACUUCGCCGUUGCGCUACCACGUCUACUAUCACCUGGUCCAAGUGGCCAAACAGGUGAAUCAGGUGAAGGAAGUGUUUACCGGGGUCGAUCAGCUGAAGGCCCAGUUUGCCCAGUGCCCACCAUCGAACGAGCAGAUGCAGAAGCUCUACCGUUUGCUCCAUGACGUGUUGAAGGACACCAACAGUGAGCUGGCGUCGAAGGUGAUGAUCGAACUGCUCGGAACGUAUACUGCCGAGAACGCGUCCUACGCGCGUGAAGAUGCAAUGAAGUGCAUUGUUACGGCGCUGGCCGAUCCCAACACCUUCCUGCUCGAUCCGUUGCUGUCGCUGAAACCGGUCCGUUUCUUGGAGGGCGAACUGAUCCAUGAUCUGCUGUCGGUGUUUGUUUCGGAAAAGCUCCCCAGCUAUCUGCAGUUCUACAAGAACCACAAGGAAUUCGUCAACUCUCAGGGAUUGAACCACGAACAGAACAUUAAGAAGAUGCGCCUGCUGUCGUUUAUGCAGCUGGCCGAGAGUAACCCGGAUAUGACGUUCAGCCAACUGCAGGAGGAACUGCAGAUCAGCGAAGAGGAAGUGGAACCGUUCAUCAUUGAGGUGCUGAAAACCAAACUGGUCCGUGCCCGGAUGGACCAGCGUGCCCGCAAGGUGCACAUUUCCAGCACCAUGCACCGGACCUUCAGUCGGCCUCAGUGGCAGCAGCUGCGUGAUUUGCUGCUCUCGUGGAAAAGCAAUCUUACCCUCGUCCAAGACAACAUCAACUCGGUCGCCGCCGCUCAGUCUGAGCUGGCGCAACGGCAGUGAAGUGUGCGUGUGAUUUGCUAUUUAACAAGGUUUUACCGGUGCAGAAUCGAACGAGCGCGGUAGAAGCGACAAACGAAGAGACACGAAGUAUUUCAGACCUAGAGACAAUUCCGAGGAUCAUAUUUGGCAGAGGGUGUCCAAGAAGAGUGAUUUUUCGCACGUGCUUACGAGUGAAGGAUUUACGGUAUUGUCCUCACAGCUACCGCGACAAGCAGCAGCAACAGCAGCAGAGUUCAUACUGAUUCGCCAUCAAACAGAAGAGAGUUUGCCAACAGCUGAAACGGAAUUUCGUUCCAAUAAACUCUUUUUGAUAUGAACCA